GUCCUUCCGCAUGGCAGUAGGCACUAAUGGGUUAACUCCCUCGCACAGCGGAAGUACAGGAACCAAUAAACCUAAUUCCCAACCCCCUUACCCCAUCUCUUUUUUUCCUGUCCUCGCAUCAGGAAGGAUUCCCCUGUGCCGGUGUGGUUCCUCUCUGCCUCACCGAAGCGACCGGUUCACAUAUAGCCGGUGGAGCCUGGUAGCUGGGCUUUUAGAACGUGGUAAGACGCGGGGUGUGCAGUAAGGCGUUCUGAGUGCAGUAAGUCGGAUCCCGCGGUAAGACACUGUGUAGACUCUUGAUGAUGUCAUCUCUAGGCGCCCUUGGCUCUUAAAGCGCCCAUUACCUGUUGUACAGCAGGAGCAGGUUUUGUUUGCAGUACAUGCAGCAGGAGCCGUUUGCUGGUUGGGAGAGCCUGAAUAGCAUGAGUUCUAGGAGCCGGAGAUCCCGGUCAUCCUCUAGGGGGUCACCUAGAAGGAGGAGUCAUCAUUCAAGGAAGGCGGUGGAAAAAGAGUGUUCAAUAUGUGAUAAUCCAGCGAUGCAUAACAAAAAAGUAUGCCUAAUGUGCUGGGAAUCUAUGUCUGGCAAAAGAGCAGAUGAUCAAUGGAGUGCUAUGAGAGACUGGUUUAAGGAGUCUAUGUCUAAAUCACUGGAGGACCUAGUAGGAACUGUGACAGCUAAUGUGAUACAGAAAGUGGGUCCCAGUGCCCCAGUAUAUGGGGUAUGCUCAGAACCUAGACACAUGAAGAAGAUGUACCCGUAUGCGGAGGGGGAUGUGAGUCGGUGGACCAACCCCCCCAAAGUGGAUGCUGCCAUCACAAGGGUGGCUCGUAAGACCACAUUGCCAGUGGAUGAGGGGGUUUCCUUGAAGGAUCCUGUAGAAAGGAGACAGGAUACAGUGCUGAGGAAGGCCUAUUCAGUUUCGGGGCUACUCUGCAAGCCAGCGGUAGCAGUCACGUGUGUGGCAAAGGCAUCCAAAAUCUGGCUGCAAGAGAUAGAAACUGAGCUGCAGCUUGCUGGAGACAAAGACAAGGUGGGUCACCUAGUGGCUAUUGAUUUCAUCACGGACGCAUCAUUGGAGGUGCUGAAAUUGGCAGCCAGAAAUAUGGGGUAUGCAGUGGCAGCUAGGAGGAUGCUGUGGCUAAAACAUUGGCAAGCAGAUACCCCUUCCAAGUUCAAUCUGUGUGCGCUCCCUUUCGAGGGGGAGUUGCUGUUUGGGCCAAAACUUGACAGUAUUAUUUCUAAGGCUUCGGCGGGCAAGAGCUCCUUUUUGCCGCAAGAAAGGCGUGUGAGACGUCAGCCAGUCCGUGCAGGCUGGGCGGACAGAAUGCCGUUUAAGGAUGCCAAGACCUAUAGGCCUGGAAAGCAAUUUGAUAGGCAGCCCUUUUGGAGAAAUCGCGGGCAAAAUCAGCUCAAAAAAGAGUUCAAGCAGGGAAAGCCUAAAUCGUUCUGA